GAAAAGUAAUCAACAAGGACUUGCGCCACUACUUGAGCCUUCAGUUCCAGAAGGGCUCGAUAGACCAUAAACUCCAGCAAGUGAUCAGAGACAAUCUCUACUUGAGAACCAUCCCUUGCACUACAAGGGCUCCCAGAGAUGGGGAGGUCCCUGGGGUAGACUAUAAUUUCAUUCCUGUUGAGCAGUUCAAAGCACUGGAAGAAAGUGGAGCCUUGCUAGAAAGUGGAACAUAUGAUGGUAAUUUUUACGGUACUCCGAAGCCUCCAGCGGAGCCCAGCCCCUUUCAGCCUGAUCCAGUGGAUCAAGUUCUUUUUGACAAUGAUUUUGAUACCGAAUCACAGAGGAAAAGAACAACGUCCGUCAGCAAAAUGCAAAGGAUGGACAGUUCUCUCCCUGAAGAGGAGGAAGAGGAGGAAAAGGAAGCAGUUAAUGGCAGUGGAGGGAUAGAAAACAAAGAAAAACAUUCAGAUUCUCCUGACUGGAUGAAACCUGUUCCCAGCUACAACCAGACAAGCAGCUCCAUGGACUUCAGAAAUUACUUGUCAAGGGAUGAAACCCUGGAACCACUGCCCAAGAACUGGGAGAUGGCCUACACCGACACUGGCAUGAUCUACUUCAUUGAUCACAACACCAAGACAACCACGUGGCUUGAUCCACGGCUCUGUAAGAAAGCCAAAGCUCCUGAAGAUUGUGAAGAUGGAGAACUUCCUUAUGGGUGGGAAAAAAUAGAAGACCCUCAAUAUGGAACAUAUUAUGUUGAUCAUAUUAACCAGAAAACUCAGUUUGAAAACCCAGUAAUGGAAGCCAAAAGAAAAAAACAGCUAGGACAGACUGAUGUUGGCCCUUCAAAACCAGGACCAGAGAAGUCUGUCUUCACUAGAGAUCCAUCCCAGCUUACAGGAGCACUUAUACGGACAUCACUGAAAAAAAGCACAAUGGGAUUUGGCUUUACAAUCAUUGGAGGGGACAGACCUGAUGAGUUUCUCCAGGUGAAGAAUGUGUUAAAAGACGGACCCGCUGCACAGGAUGGGAGAAUUGCACCAGGUGAUGUCAUUGUAGACAUAAAUGGAAGCUGUGUCCUUGGCCAUACCCAUGCAGAUGUUGUCCAGAUGUUUCAGCUAGUUCCUGUCAAUCAGUAUGUGAACAUGACUUUGUGUCGUGGUUAUCCUCUUCCUGACGACAAUGAAGACCCUGUGGUAGAUAUAGUGACAGCUACACCUAUUAUCAACGGACCGCCUGUGACCAAAGGAGAUGUUUGUGUGACCAGCCAAGAUUUAAUAGCAGGAACAGUUGUGUUGGACCAGAAUGGAAAAAUGGGCCCUAUGUUGGUCAAUGGUCGUCUGAAUGGCCCUUCCGUGGAUACAACUGAGCAGAGGAUCUCUCUUGCAUCUUCAGGAGGCUCUCAGCCAGAGCUGGUCACCAUUCCUCUAGUCAAAGGUCCUAAAGGCUUUGGGUUUGCCAUUGCAGACAGUCCUACAGGACAGAAGGUGAAAAUGAUUUUAGACAGCCAGUGGUGCCAAGGCCUUCAGAAAGGGGACGUAAUCAAGGAGAUUUGCCAUCAGAACGUACAGAGCUUGACACAUCUUCAGGUGGUGGAGGUACUGAAGCAGUUUCCAGUAGGAGCAGAGGUGCCAUUGCUUAUCUUAAGAGGAGGUCCACCCUCACCUACUAAAACUGCCAAAGGGAAGGACAAGCAGGACAGUUCAGGUAGUUUGGAUGCUGUCGGCGAUCCCAUCCCGCAGCCGAUGCCGUUUCCACCCACUGCUGUACGACCAGGCUCUCCUAAACUAGACCCUUCGGAAGUCUAUCUGAAGUCUAAGACUAUAUAUGAGGACAAACCUCCAAACACAAGAGAUUUGGAUGUUUUCCUGCGAAAACAAGAGUCAGGCUUUGGUUUCCGGGUGCUUGGAGGGGAUGGACCAGAUCAGCCUAUUUAUAUUGGAGCCAUAAUCCCGUUGGGAGCAGCAGAAAAAGACGGCAGGCUUCGAGCUGCAGAUGAGCUGAUGUGUAUUGAUGGAGUCCCUGUUAAAGGGAAGUCACACAAACAAGUUUUGGACUUAAUGACCAGUGCUGCACGGAACGGUCAGGUGCUGCUCACAGUCCGGAGGAAGAUCUUCUUUGGUGGGGAAAAGCAACCGGAGGAGGAGGAGCCACAGCCUGUCUUGACGCAAAACGGCUCUCCCCGGCUGAAUCGGGUAGAGUUUGCAAACCAGCAGUCCCCAGAGGUCUAUGAUGUCCGUCUGCAGCGGAAGGAGAACGAGGGAUUUGGCUUUGUCAUCCUCACCUCAAAGAACAAACCUCCUCCUGGUGUGAUUCCUCACAAGAUUGGGCGAGUUAUAGAUGGGAGCCCAGCUGACCAGUGCGGGAAGCUGAAAGUGGGAGACCGCAUCUCGGCGGUGAAUGGUCAAUCCAUCGUUGAGCUCUCGCAUGACAGCAUAGUGCAGCUGAUCAAGGACGCGGGCAACGUGGUGACUCUGACUGUCGUGGCUGAGGAAGAACACCGUGGUCCUCCGUCAGGAACAAACUCCGCCAGGCAGAGUCCAGCUCCGCAGCACCGACCGCUGGGAUCAGCACAGAUCAGCCCUUCUGGUGCAGACAGGGGAGCUACGGAAGGUGAAGCUGGAAAAGAAGUUUCAAAUAGUUACAGGCUUUCCUGGCCCGAGCAUAAGUACUUGACACAAUCCGAUGCUGCCGUUGCUUCAGUUAUUGGUAGCCGUCAUUCCCAGGUACAGAAUCCUGGCUGUUUCCCAGUAGAGUUGGAAAGGGGCCCUCGAGGGUUUGGAUUCAGUCUUCGAGGAGGAAAGGAAUACAACAUGGGCUUAUUCAUCCUUCGACUUGCUGAAGAUGGGCCAGCUGUCAAAGAUGGGAGAGUACAUGUUGGUGACCAAAUUGUUGAAAUUAAUGGAGAACCCACCCAAGGAAUCACUCACACACGAGCCAUUGAGCUGAUUCAGGCUGGAGGGAAUAAAGUUUUGCUGCUGCUGAGACCAGGGACUGGCUUGAUACCAGAUCACAGUUUGGCUCCUUCCAGUCUGUGUCCCUACGUGAAACCUGAGCAACAUUAAGGGCUUUCAGUGCUUUUCUUGGUUUUUCCUUAAAGACUUGGUGAUUGGGAUAGUUAUAAUCCGUCUUCGUCAAAUGUAAUAUAUGAAGAACAGUCACCAUUAUCUUCAUCUUCACAUUCUGCUUCCCCAUCUGAAGUGUGUUAUUUACCAGUACCAGGAGAAGCUUUAAUGAGAGUUCAGCUGUCUGAGAAACUGGAACAAGCAAAGAACACUGUGCCUGAAAAGAUAAGCACUUUAACUGAAAACCGGUUUGAGAUGAAGCCUCUGUCUUCUCCCCAGAGAACAAAGACCAGAUGGGAAUGUCCCUCCAGCCCUGGGUUUGAAAUCACAAAA